CUCCUUCCUGCCCUGCUGGUUGGACUUGGUUUGGAGGUCGCUGUUUUCUCUUUGAUAGCAGUCAGAAGACCUGGACUGAUGCUGAGAGUUCCUGUCAGACACUCGGUGGAAAUCUGGCCUCAUUCCACAGCACAGCUGAGUACACCUUCAUCAGAGAGCUCAUUUGCACAGCAGCAGGGUCGUAUCCACGAGCUUGGGUUGGAGGCAACGACAGAGAGAAUGAAACUGUGUGGAAGUGGAGUGAUGGCUCCCAGUUUGACUUCACAAACUGGCGCAGUGGACAACCAAACAACUCUGGAGGAGAUCAAGAUUGUAUGGAGAUAAACUUUGGAGGACGAGAUUAUGUCAAUGAUGUGGGAUGUCGAGGGAACAGCUCUUCUGUUUGUGUCAGAGGUCCAUAA